AUGGCCAAACUCACCGGCCAGCAGGUCGCCCAACACAACUCCAGGGACUCGUGCUGGGUCAUUGUGCACGGCAAGGCCUAUGAUGUCACCGACUUUCUGCCUGAACACCCCGGCGGCCCCAAAAUCAUCCUCAAAUACGCCGGCAAAGACGCCACCGAGGAAUUCGAGCCCAUCCACCCGCCCGACACCCUCGACAAGUACCUCGAUGCCUCGAAGCAUUUGGGCCCGGUCGACAUGGCCACCGUGCAGCACGACGAAAAGGUCAAAGACCCGUUAGAGAUACAGCGCGAAGAGCGCGUCAAGAACAUGCCGGCCCUCGCCCAAUGCUACAACCUGCUCGACUUUGAGUCUGUGGCGCGCCAGGUCAUGAAGAACACUGCGUGGGCGUACUACUCGAGCGGUGCGGAUGACGAGAUUACUAUGAGAGAAAACCACUCAGCCUUUCACAAAAUCUGGUUCCGGCCACGCAUUCUCGUCGACGUCGAGAAAGUCGACUUCUCCACCACCAUGCUGGGCGCCAAAACCGCAAUGCCGUUCUACGUAACAGCCACCGCGCUCGGAAAACUCGGUAACCCAGAGGGCGAAGUGGUGCUGACGCGCGCUGCCCACAAGCACGAUAUCAUCCAGAUGAUACCAACGCUCGCCUCGUGCUCGUUUGACGAGAUCGUCGACGCCAAGCAGGGCGACCAGGUGCAAUGGCUGCAACUAUAUGUCAACAAGGACCGAUCCAUCACAAAACGCAUCGUCGAGCAUGCCGAACGCCGUGGGUGUAAGGGUUUGUUCAUCACUGUUGAUGCGCCGCAACUAGGCCGUCGCGAAAAGGAUAUGCGCGUCAAGUUUUCCGACGCUGGGUCCAAUGUGCAGUCGUCUGGCGGGGAUAGCGUGGAUAGAUCGCAGGGAGCGGCGCGCGCUAUUUCCUCGUUUAUUGACCCGAGUCUCUCGUGGAAGGAUAUCCCCUGGUUCCAGUCCGUUACCAAAAUGCCUAUUAUCCUCAAGGGCGUGCAGUGCGUGGAAGACGUGUUGCGUGCUGUCGAGGCCGGCGUGCAGGGCGUCGUGCUGUCGAACCACGGCGGACGCCAGCUCGAUUUCGCGCGGUCCGGUAUUGAAGUGCUGGCCGAGGUGAUGCCAGCCCUGCGCGAGCGUGGCUGGGAGAAGAAGAUUGAGAUCUUUGUGGAUGGUGGUGUGCGGCGUGCUACGGAUAUCAUCAAGGCCCUAUGUCUAGGCGCCACGGGCGUCGGUAUUGGACGGCCGUUUUUGUAUGCCAUGUCGGCCUAUGGUCAGGACGGUGUUGAGCGCGCCAUGCAGCUGCUCAAGGACGAGAUGGAGAUGAAUAUGCGCUUGAUUGGCGCGUCCAGCGUGGCCGAUCUCAAUCCGAGCAUGCUAGACACAAGGGGAUUGCAAGCCGGACAUCACGCCGGUGUGCCCUCAGACACUUUGGGGCUGAAUGUGUAUGAUCCGCUGGUGUCACCGCGGUUUGCUGAAAAGUCGAAGCUUUAG